UUCGAGCUCGACGUGGAAGCGACAAGCGCCGCCGCCGUCACUGCCUUCCACUCACGACACCUACUACCCCAUCGCGAUAUCAUGCGGAUAGAAGUGUCAGGCAAGGAGAACUGCCCCGAACCUACCCACGAUGCGUUCAGUUGGAUCACGCCUGUCGUGCUUGAAGACGGGUGGCUGGACAAGAUGGACUCGUCCGUCGAAGGGGAAUUCUUUCCCGAUCUAUCGUGGUCCGAUAGCCCUUCGGACCCGUUCUUCCAUGCGACCAGCGUCGUUGAUGAAACACCUCCCGCCAAAAAACUCACAUCAGAACCCCAUGCGAAACCCACGUCCAAGAAAGCGAAAGGCGAUGCCUUGAGGUCGAUGGAACCACAUACGAAAUUACACCCCACACACCAGCAGGUCCACCCUCUGUCGAAAGGUCACUCUACCGCCUUCCUAGACGACUUGCCGCCACCGCAGUCAACGAUCACAACGGCACACGCGUCCACAACCCACACACCGUCGACAACAUGGUCCUCUGACGGUGAUGCAGUGUUGCAACCUUCCCACCCUCCAUCUUCAACCAAGAAGCGCUCCUGGGGCGGAUGGACCUGGGACGACCAAACCGUGUUCUUCCAGGCCAUGAAGAGCAAGUGGAAUUCCCCCGCGCAGUUACCCAAGCGGUGGGACCAACUGACCCGCAAACUCCCGCACAAGUCCGUGCGUGCCCUCCACGACUUCUACCACGCGAUGGUGUCGCAUGUCCACACGCUGCUCUCCCUCGUCCACGUCCAUUUGAACUUGGACUCACCCGACGAAAUCCGCCUCGCUCUCUCGUGCUGGCACCGCGUAUGCUCGUCUGAACUCGACAUUUCCAACCCGCUGCACAAGAAGCGCCUCGCUGGGCGUCUGAAGCACACGCUGCUCAAGAGCCGGAAGAGCAGCGAAGCCGCCAUGUCUGCCGCCGCCAAACACUCGAAGAAAACCGCGUCCACAAAUGUCUCCACUUCGCCCAACGGAGUCGGCGCUGGACCUUUGCCAGCGGUGGUGCACACCCCCAUCGUUCGAAAGAAGCGCCCGCUCGUAAACUCCCCCAUGCCUCCUGUUCCCACCACAGCCACCACAACGACAGCAGCAUCGUCCCCUCCCCAACAUGCCAUCGCGACUCCGUGGACGUUGCUGGAUUAUUCGACGUCCAAGCGGCGCAAGCCAUCGCCGCCCCCUUCUUCUAUGGACGCAAGGAAGCGGCAGAUCAAAGUCCGCUUUGUGCCCAUCGACAAGGCGACCCAAGCGCUUGUGGCCGACAUUGGCGCCCGCCCCAAAGUCGAGCUCACAAUGAAUGGCUCCAAGCGCAUUUCCGACGUCUGCACGCACAUGAUGGCCAAAUGGGCCGCCGUCCACACGACGUCGGACGACGUGCGGCGGCUGUUUCGCGUGGUGCCACUGGGCGAUCGCGUGCAUCCUGGCUGGGGCGUGGACGACAUUAGCGUGUCGUGUCUGGAUAUUCUGCACCAGUGCCCGCGGCAACCCGCGACAGACGACGACACUGUGACCCUCGAAUACCGAUGGGACAUCGCCCCCUCCUCCUCGUCUUCGACGACCGCUUCAGUAACCCCCACAUUGGGUGCAGCGUUGCCCCAGCCACUUCUUUCAGAUCAGCCGACGUACGUGAACUUGGAUUUUUUGCCCCUCCCGUCCCCACACAACGACGACGACGACGACGAGCCAUGGCAUGAUCUGCGCGAUCUGUCGCCGCCGUUGGCCCAUCCCUCGUGUGUGUCGUCGGAUUCGUCGAGUCAUGCCGUGGCUUUGUCGUCGACGGAUUUUAAUGGGUUUCUGGACGAAGGUCCUGGGGCGUGCACUGCCUGGAUGGAAUCGUUCCUGCCGCCGCCACCGGUGGAUGUGGCACCAACGACAGCACAACCGACGACAACGUGGCAAGGAGUUCCAUCAGAUCCAUCGACCAAGAAGAAACGCAUCACCCCGACCUUGAUUAAGCGACCGAGUCCUCCGACCUUGUCCACAGCCGCCGCAGCAGCAUUAUCUUAAUCCCAGAACGUGACCUCGACUGUACUUGGUCGAUAUUACUUCUUAUAUUAUUUCGUCGCCUUCGAUUCUUGCCGCGGUGUCGUCUGCCGCAAGAGACGAGCACAUGCGUCCCGCGCGGCCUGCUCAGUCUUGUACCGCCCCACGUAGAUGGGCUUGUCAUGCAUCGCGAGCCGCACGCGGGCUUCGAACGCUGUUUUCUUUCGGCGGCAUGUCACAUUGCAUUCGGGAAUGUCUGGUCCUUGUGGUUGAGGAUCCUGAUCAAGAUAGGGAGGACAUUCCAUGUUGAUCACGUGGUCGGAUGAAGAUGGGGAGGCAGUGGACGACCGAUGGGACAGCGGGGCCUCGCUGCUGUCGCAGUCGCUUUGGUUGGUGCUGCGGGGGGGGGUUGAUUGAAUCCCCAGUCGGGUGUACACGGUGUACUCUGACGCCUCGUUAUUGGGGGAAGGAGGGGGCAACUGGUCGGCCACGUGAUUGUCUUCUCCAGUGUCGAGGAGCUGCCCCAGCCCAGAGUAUGGCGUCACUCUUGGCGACGACUGCGCGCACGCAGUGUACUUUGCACCCGACUUGGUCGAUGUCUUCUGGAACAGAUCGUUCAUCUCUUGUCUUCGCUGCUUUUUCCAACGCAGUGACUCGAAGGCGG